CAGUUGAAACAUUAAUUAAUAUCAUUGUGAAAAAAGUAUUUCAUCAGUUUACUAAUUGUUAAGUUAAUUUCAACACUCAACAAUCUAAUUAAAAAUGAAAUCAGCUUUGUCAUUCGUUGUUUGUGUUUCCCUGAUUGUUGCCACUUCAGCAGCUUCAAUACUCAAGGACGAAACUUGUCCAACACCAACUAUUCCUAAAGGAAUCAGCGAUUGGGACUUUAGUUAUUUCACCAAAAACUGGUAUGAAAUCGGACGAACUCAUGAAACUACCCCAAGAACCGUUUACAACACAAUCUCAAUUGGUCACUUGUACAAAGGAAAAGUUAGUGUUACUUUUUCAGGAGAUUCUCGAGAAAUAGGAACACAAUCUCUUUGGGACAAAUUGGUCAACUUUGUCGUCGGUAAUUUUAAUGGUAAAUCAUAUUACGAUCUAGAAGAUGAACCUUAUUCGUUCAAUGUAACUACUCCAGAGGGUAAACAAGGUAUUUUCUGGAUGCCUUAUUAUUCAGACUCUGAUCGAUCAGCUGUUCUUGCAACAUGUGUUCAAAAUGAUGAUAAAACUACUGAAAUCAAAGCUUGGUAUGUUUCAAUGGAAAAACGAUCGGCUUUCCCAGCAGAGGUUGUAAACUUGGUUACUGAAUUAACUGGACGAAGUUUGAUCAAAACUUGCCAAGGAGAUUUCUGUUAAUUUUUAAUUAGCAAAUUUUAUACUCAAUCUUGAAAGCAUUAAAGAUUAUCAAUUUUUUCUGAGAAA